UCUCAAGAACAAUGAAGGUUCUAUGUAUUAUCAUAGUUGUAUUUGCUUUUAUAAUUGAAUCCCUCGAAGGUUGUCAUGUGGGAUGGAUGCAGUUCCAGGAAAAAUGUUAUUUUUUCAGUCACACGACGGCUAGCUGGUUUGAUGCAGGGGGGGCAUGUGCACAAUUCCAUUCUAAGCUAGCUGAACCCAGAACCCAAACAGCCUCAAACUAUCUGAAGAGCCACAGCCAGGCACUGAAUGCUAAUUUCUGGAUUGGAAUAUCAGACAUUAUAGAGGAAAACAUAUGGGAGUAUUCAUCAACACAGGAGAUCGUCAAGGAGACCGACUUUGGUCCCGGGGAACCCAAUUCUCACACAGCACAAAACUGUGUGGCUCUGUGGAGAGAUUUCCAUGGCCAGUGGGCAGACCAUACAUGCUCUGCGCCUCUUCACUUUAUAUGUGAAGCUGAUUUUCCAUCGGACCCAGGGAGUAUAAUUGGUUAAACUACCAAUUUGUGACUGCCUUACCCGAAAUACAACAAAAGAAACAAAGGAAAUGGGUUAUUUCUGUGUUUUAUUACAUAUGCAUUACUAAAAAUACAUAAUAAAUUCUUUCAUGUCA